AUGGGGUCUGAUCCGCAAUACAUCAAAUUUCCCAACCUCUCCCUCGCCCAAGAUGUCUUCAACCUCUCCAACCCGGCUUGCACGCCAGCUGUCCAGCAAACAUCAUUGAAGAAGCUUCAAGAUGUCAUCACUGAGCACAAGAUGGCACCGCUUUAUCGGCACCUAGCUCAUCCCACCGAGGGCAUCCUGAACAACUCCGGCGAAGGCGUAACACAGCACCCGCAAAAUGCAGGUACCUCAACGAAGCCGCUCCUCACCUCCAACCUGCUUGCCUCUCGCAAAACACCCCAGAAGUUUGAUUUCCCUUGGGAUGAGAAGCUUUACCAGUCUUUAUUGGAGGAUAACAAGAAAGAAUUGGAGAGUUUCCAGAAGGAGGAAGAUGACGCAGAGGAAGCUGCUGGCGAGACUGAAGUACAAGCCGCGCGCGGCAAGCGAGCUGAGUUCUGGGCUCGCGUGGGAGAUAAGGACAAAGCUAUUGAAUCGCACGAGGCCCUCCUCGAAAAGACCGGUUUCCUUGGUACCAAGAUCGACUUAGUGCUUGCUAUGCUCCGUAUCGGACUUUUCUUUGGCGACCUCCUGUUUGUGAACAAGACGAUCGAACGGGCAGAGACCCUGGUCGAGAGCGGUGGAGACUGGGACCGCAGAAACCGUCUCAAGGCAUACAAGGGACUGCACCUGCUUACGAUCCGCUCUUACGCCCUUGCCGCACCUCUCCUCCUUGACAGUCUGUCUACCUUCACAAGCUACGAACUGUGCAGCUACUCUUCGUUGGUGAUCUACUCAGUGCUUGCGGGAUCUUUGUCCCUCAAGCGGGUGGACUUCAAGGCGAAGGUGGUGGACGCACCCGAGAUCAAGGCUAUUCUUGGUUCUGGAGAAGACCAGCUGGCUGCACUGAGUGGAGAGAUUUCCUCUGGCCCUGGUGCUCGGGAAGAGGAGAUGAAGGAUGCUUCCGUGUCGCGAUCUACACCCGCUGGUGCCACUACCGCCGUUAACUUGACCUCAUUUGCAACUGGAUCUAGUGCCCCAGUAGACACUGAGGUUCCCGUCGAUUUCUCCCCACUGGCAAACCUGGUGAACAGCCUUUACAAUGGCAACUACCGCUCGUUCUUCGUGGCACUGGCAGGCGUUGAGGACCAAUUCUUGACCCAAGACCGGUACUUGCACGAGCACCGGGCCUGGUUCGUUCGUGAGAUGCGUCUGCGCGCCUACCAGCAACUCCUGCAGAGCUACCGGGUGGUGGGGCUGAGCGGCAUGGCCAACGACUUUGGUGUGACAGUAGACUACCUGGACCGGGACCUUGCCCGAUUCAUUUCCAACAACCGCAUUGCCUGCACCAUCGACCGUGUCAACGGAAUCAUUGAGACGAAUCGACCCGAUGACAAGAACAAGCAGUAUGCUGAUGUGGUGAAGCACGGUGACUCUUUGAUCACCAAGAUUCAGAAGUACGGCCAAUCCGUGCGUCUGCGCGGAAGUGAGCGAAGCUGA